GGGACUCUGAGCUUUGCUUUUUCAUUUCAACAUGCAAAGUUUUAAGAAAUUUGCUUUACAUCUCUUGCUAUCUGCCUCCUAGACUCUAGUAAGUUACCGUAUCCUAAAGAGUCCCUUGUUGGUAAUAAGAAAAUCAGUCGGAUUAUAUUUUAUCCAUGUCACAUGACUAAGUAUGCCACCUCACUCGCCUAACUGGUCGGUCGACCUUGCAAGUUUCCCUAUGGUAUCAUUGAUCGUUUUGUUGUUUUCUCUCUGUGUAUAAUCUAGCAAUGUCUUCCCAUGAAUUUUCAAAUCCCACAUUGAUACAUCUUUGCCGUUCUUGUCCUGAAUCUCAGUUUAUAGGAGGUUCAAAGUAUGGCAAUCGUGUUAUCAAAAUAUCCGAUGAUUUAGUCGUGAAGUUCGGCCCUGGUGUCUCCUCCCACGAGGCGAUGAACCAAAUGAAAGCUCUAGAAUUAGUGGAUUCUAGUAUUGUUCAAGUUCCCAGGGUGCACCGUUUUUUCACUGACAACUCGGGCUGGGGAUACAUCUUAAUGGACUACAUAGAAGGAAGAAUGAUCGAUUCCGUUAGUGAACACCAUGUCGAGAUAAUCGCAAACAUUCUACGGCAUUUCCGUUCUAUUACCAGAAAUCUCCCUGGUAGCUUAAGCGGCGGUCCCUCUACUGGCAUCCUUUGGCCCGAUACGAAUGAUUUAACCAUCACAAAUGUCUCGCAAAUCGAAGAGUGGUUUAAUAGCCGACUCUUUGAAGGCCAAGGCCAGGUUACUUUUCAACCUUGCGACCUAGUGCUUUGUCAUUUAGACAUUGCGCCAAGGAAUAUUAUUUGGAAAGACGACAAUAGUAUUUGCCUAUUAGACUGGGCGUCUGCAGGAUUUUACCCGCGAAUACUUGAACACAUUAGUCAGUGCAUUAAAGAGGAGGCCUUUAAUACCAGGGUUCUGCAUGCCAUGGAUCCAAUUUCUAAGCUUGAGAUGGAGCAAAAAGAGAGAAUCUGCCAAGCGAUCUAUAAUAAUCAGAAAUUCCUGUUUCGUCGAAUCGAUCCUGAUGAAGAAGCCCUGUACAAGGGACCGAGUGACCGUAUCUUUCCUCUACCUCCACCUCCGACUAUCGGAUUGCUUCAAAUAUAAGGCCGAUCCAGUUGAUUAGCUACAGUAUCUUCCGAGUCAGUUAGAAUAUGAAGAACCCUUGGCUGAGCAUGACCACCAAGUUAUCUAUCUCGACAAGGGGUUUGAAUUAUACGUGUUCUUUAUUUUAUCUAUUCCAGCCUGUGGUCUUCAAUCGGAAGAGAAGCAUGUAGAAAGUGCCCCCAGCACCUUCCCUUCUUGAGCGAAUAGUCUAUAGCAAGAACUACUUUAUGAACUAUGGAUAAUAAGAGGAGCUUAUCGGGA